AUGUGUCGACAAUACUUCACACUCUACGAAUGGUGCCAAUGCGAAGAAGACGCUGGCACCAGCGCCUGUUCCGGCGUGCGCCGCAACAACUGCCCCGGUGUGAGCGUUGAGACGGUGCAUAUGCACUGCUUCUGUAACUCGCAUGCGACCCGUGGCUUCAAGUCUGAGAAGCAGACUCGCAAGGAAGAGAAGACGCGCCGUCGGUCUCAGGAUUCGUUGGAUGAGAAGGCUUCUCUCGGGAGACGGUGGUAUCAAUGGUAUCAGUGGAGGGGUCUUCGAUCUCGUUGA